AUGUCAAGUAGGCGGCUGUUUGUGAGCGGUAUUGCGAAUAAUGUUGGAGAAGAAGCAAUACGGGCAUAUUUCUCCCAAUUCGGCUUCAUGUCCGAAUUUACGUUACCUGUGGAAAGGGAAACUGGUAUAAACAGAGGAUACGCUUAUAUCAGUUUCUUGGACGAGACUUCAACUGCCGCAUGUCUAGAGGUGCCUACGCAUAAAAUUCGGGACAGGGAAAUAACCGUGACGAGAUUGACUGACGAAGACAGCUUAACGAAGAUGGAAGUGCUGAGGUCGCGGAGGCUAUUCGUGAGCUUCCUUGGGGUGGAAAGUGUCACUGAGGGCACCAUACGACAAGCGUUUUCUGCCUAUGGUUCUAUUUCGUCGGUUCAUUUCGCUCGGAUUAGCGCGGUAACAGAUGAUCAUAAAGCCGUGUUCACACUUUGCGAAUAG